GUUCGUGGAAAGGUAUUCGUCAGUUUAAAAGUUGACCUAGGAUGUCAAAAUUGUGUAGCAAUGCGAUACUGAACAAAAUAUUCCCUGGUCUACAAAGAAGAUAUGCAAAAUGCACAAAAGACUGAGUCUGCACAGAACAUGUCCAGACAAGCUGGUCUGGAUCUGCCAACCAGCUGUGUGGCAAUCUGGAGGUUAAAUGUUUAAUUCACCAUGGUCCUGUGUGUGAGUUAGUUCUCAAUGAUUCUUACAUCUGAGCCAUUGAUGAAGUGUACGUGUGCUGCAUUAGUUGAACUGGAGAUAAAGUGAGUGUGAGGUCCGUGUUGUGUCAGAUCUGUUGUCUUCAUGACUAACAAUACGUGUGUCUCUGCCAUGAAGUGUUUGCCAAAGAGUCGGAUCCGGUGUACGAUGGGGCGAAUCGUUGUGGGCAACAAGGAGUUCCAGUCUGCGUCGGAGGCCCUGCUGGCAUACCUGCACCAGUUUGACGAGAAGAAGCGCACAAGGAAGCAGCAGGACGCGUAUGAGCUGCUACUGUCGAAACAAGGCGUGCGGCGGCCACCCGGUCUCCCGCGGACCGGAGAGCUGGAAGCCGAGAUUGAACACAGGCUGCAGAGAAUCAAACUGCAGAGAGCGAAGCAGGCUGCUGAUCGAAGACAGCAUGGGUCGGCACUCCGCCAGGAAGUUGAAGAUGCCUUGUCCAGGUCGGCUUCGUUGCUCCAGCACAUCAACGACGAUGACGAGAGCAUCAGCAUGAAGUGUGUGAGUGACAUCGGCAGCCUCACGACGGAUGUUCUUCUGUCUGUCGAUCCAUACAGCGAGUCAAAGCGACAGAUAGCUGGAGACAAGGAUAGGAGGAAUGGCCACGUGUACUGCUACCGCACUCCGCGACCUCGGGCGAGAACCAUCGACAGCAGCGUUCCUCUACAGUCACAGGUCACAAGACCGUCGGGUCGGGAGAGAAGGUUUUCCAUCGAAAGUCUAGCUCCCGUGGUUUUGAAAUCACAAAGACAAUACGCAAAAGAGAGAUUUUCUCUGGCGGCUGCUGACCGCAACAGGAGCCGAUCGGCUCCACCGUUACCAUCGCAUGUUCAGCAGUCUCGCCACCACCUUGCAGCGCUGCAACGACACCCCAGCUGGGUGGAUGAUUUAGAUUCCUCCGUCUCCACGGUAACACCAGGUUGGGUGAAGAGUCUCGAGGCCGACACUCUGAACGAGUCGGAUUGGAAUAAAAACAAUAAAGAUGCAAAACAAAAUGGAAUCCCCAAAUGGGUGGAGGCGGCCGAGAAUCUGGAUAUAUCCGGCUACUCAGACCUGCUGGUGGAUAUAAACCGGAAGAAGAAGAAAGUUUUGUUUUCCAAGACGACGACGCGUGACAGUAAUAACACGACAGGGUUUACAGAUAACUCUCUGCCGGGUUUGAACUUCUCCGAUCUGAACACAAGCGAGGUGAGCGGUCUCGGCAGAAAGGGAAACAGCGUGUCCGAGGAAAUUCGUGCUUAUUCUCAACGGGUGCUGGCUCUCGAAGAGGAGAGAAACAACAUUCUUAACGGGAAGGAAAAUGUUUUACACAAGUUGAACGGUCGCACGGACGAAUCUCUGCCAGCAAAGCAGAGACUUGGAGACAAUCCGUACCUCGACGCAAUGUAUCUCGAACUGUCGCAGUCCUCUCAGCUGCAGACCAGUCUUGAUAAAUAUCUCGAAGAACUGGACAGGAAGGUGUCGGCUUCUCCUGAAAAGUUUAGUUCCGAGGUGGGGAACAGACCCAGGAGAAAUAGGCAGCGGUGUUCGAGCAUGGAGACCUGCUCAUCCGCGACGGGCCGAGCGGAAAUCAAGUCUGAUAUUACUGGUGCUAGUCCUAUUAACAAACACAGCCACCUGAGUGUCACAGGUGUGUCUGACGAUCUGCCGUUCAUUCCAACCCCUGCCAAACCAACUAGUCGAUUGAAUCCUGAGUCUGGUGAUGGGCUGGAUAGAGCAAAUCUAACAACAGGAGUCUUACCUCAACACAAGGAACACCAGGAACACCAACUACAGCAAAAGUCGCCAACACUGACGGGUUCGCAGCAGCCUGGUAGCAUGGAGGCACUGAAAAACAUGCUUUUUAAACUUCAAGCAGAAGAGACCUCCACACAAGGGAAGGAACUCAGUUUAGUGCACAAACCGGGUCCUGUCUCUCCCAUCUCACUGCCAGCGCUAAAAGAUUAUAACUUCGUAUCUGAGCCCGGAGGUCAGAGCCUGGAGCGGGCGCUAGUGCACCUGAAUCGACUGAAGACACUGGUACACAGUGGAGCCCCAUCUGCCGAUGACCUGUUGUCUGUGUCGUCAGUCAGCGCAUCCACGACAUCACUGCUCAACAAGCCGUAACCACCACACACACCACACAUCACUGUCUGCCGAUGACCUGUUGUCUGUGUCCUCGUCCACGAUGUCACUACUCAACAAGCUGUGACCACCACACACACCACAGAUCACCGUCCGUUGAUGACCUGUUGUCUGUGACGUCAGUCAGUCCAUGACGUCACUGCUCAACAAGCCGUGACCAGCACACACACCACACAUCACUGUCUGUUGAUGACCUGUUGUCUGUCAGUGCAUCCACGACGUAACUGGUCAACAAGCCGUGACCACCACACACACCACACAUCACCGUCCGUCGAUGACCUGUUGUCUGUGUCCUUGGUCCCUUUGUUUUUUGGAAGCAUCAAAAUAAAGAUAUGUUAAAGUGACAGACCCUAGUUUUUAAACACUAAGACAUAUUUUUCACUAUUAGAGCCGUUUAUGAUCACGGAAAUCAAACAUUACUUAGAUUUUAUUGUUUAUAUUAUCCACUUCUGUACAA